GUACCUUAGUAUAUUGCAUUGACAACUCGAACCACAGUAUUAGAAACUAUACCUACGUCUGUCAGAAAGAACACACUCACCAUGGAUUCCAUCUUCAAGACAAACAAAUUCUCCAUGAAAGCUAUAUCUGAUUUCUCCAACUUGAACAAAACCACGAGGAAGCACUUGAAGAAUGUCUACUCUGCAUUGGCCCUCACCAUGUUGUCAGCCUUCGGGGGAGCUAUUGCUUUCUUUGUCACUGGCUUCUCUAUGUCGUUCUUAGCAGCGAUUGGCUCCAUUCUCCUGAUCAUCGGUCUGGUAGCCACACCCAACACGCCACAGAACCAACUCACAAGACUGGGAAUGCUGUGUGGAAUUGGAGGAUGUACAGGCUUCUCACUUGGGCCCCUGCUCAGCAUGGUGCUUGAAAUCAACCCAAGCAUAAUACCAACUGCCUUCCUGGGUACUUGUGUUAUCUUCGCCUGCUUCAGUCUGGCUGCCCUGCUCAGUGAGAAGAGGUCAUUCCUCUAUCUUGGAGGUUUUCUGAUGUCGGGACUGAGCAUGCUCUGUCUCAUGAUGUUCAUCAACAUCUUCAUUGGCUCCUAUAUGGCAUUCCAGAUUGAGCUGUACGGAGGCCUGCUCCUGUUCUGUGGCUUCAUACUGUUUGACACCCAGCUGAUUGUGGAGAAGUGCGAGCGUGGAGACAACGACUACAUCUGGCACUCGCUAGACCUCUUCCUCGACUUUGUUAACAUAUUCCGUCGUCUGCUCAUUAUUCUGGCUUCCAAGGAGAAGAAGAAAAGCAACAAGUGAACAAAUCAUAAGCAAGAGACGUUAUUAAAACUGAGGAGCGUAUUAUAAUUGUUAGCAUAUAAUUAUACAAACAUUACUGGUCUUUGAUUGUUUAGUGUAACCGUGUCUUCUUCCAUAAGUUUUGUCUCUAAACUCCCAACAUGUUAUUGCAAUUUGA